AAUAAUAAUAAAACAAAAAAUAUAGUAUUUAAGCUACAUCCUCCAAGAAAGAGCGAUCAAGAACUUUCCAACUAACUCACAAUGGACCUGGAGGCAGGGAGUUUAUCUCCGCCACCACUUGCGGCGGCGGCGGCGGCCAACACUGGACGGUCUCCGGUGUCGCGUCUCAAUUCCUUUGUAGAGAGAAGUCCAGUUGGCAAGCGUUUCAAACUCAAGGAGCGGAACACCACCUUCACCACCGAGCUCCGCGCCGGCACUGCCACCUUCCUCACCAUGGCCUACAUCCUCGCCGUGAACGCUUCCAUCCUGUCCGAUUCCGGCGGCACGUGCUCCGUCUCCGACUGCCUCGCCCUCUGCGGCGGCGACCCCACUGUCCCGCUCUCUAACUGCACUCAAAUCGUGUCUCCCGACGAGUCCUGCAAGUUCAACCCCGUCAACCCCGGCUACGCCGCCUGUCUCGAGAAAACGCGGAAGGAUCUGAUCGUCGCCACCGUGGCGUCGUCCUUGAUCGGUUGCGUGAUUAUGGGCGUGUUCGCGAAUUUGCCGCUGGCAUUAGCGCCCGGAAUGGGCGCCAACGCGUAUUUCGCGUACACCGUCGUCGGUUUCCAUGGCUCCGGCAACCUGUCAUAUCAAAGCGCGCUCGCCGCCAUUUUCAUCGAAGGGCUCAUAUUCCUCCUGAUCUCCGCGUUCGGUUUACGCGCUCGCCUGGCGAAAAUGGUCCCCAAGCCCGUCAGAAUCUCCUCCUCCGCCGGCAUUGGCCUUUUCUUAGCCUUUAUCGGCCUGCAAAACAAUCAAGGGAUCGGCCUCGUCGGCUUCAGCCCCUCCACGCUAGUCACGCUCGGAGCCUGCCCUCGCGACGGCGCACGUGCGGCGCUAGCGCAGGUCACAACCGCCGCGAACGGCACCGUUUCAUUAGUCCCCGGCGGCACCGUCUCCGGCGAUAUCCUCUGCUUGCAUGGCCGCAUGGAAAGCGCGACUUUCUGGCUCGGAGUGGUAGGAUUUGUAAUUAUCGCGUAUUGUAUGGUUAAAAACAUAAAGGGCGCCAUGAUUUACGGCGUGAUUUUCGUAACCGCCGUAUCUUGGUUCCGGCAUACCAGAGUAACCGCCUUCCCCGAUACUCCCGCCGGGGAUUCCGCCUAUGAGUAUUUCAAAAAAGUCGUCGACGUUCACAAAAUCGAAAGCACCGCCGGAGCUCUGAGCUUCAAGAGCAUCGGAAAAGGAUUCUUCUGGGAAGCUCUGGUGACUUUCCUCUACGUCGACAUUCUGGACACCACCGGGACUCUAUAUUCAAUGGCGCGCUUCGCCGGCUUCACCGACGCCAACGGCGACUUCGAGGGGCAGUACUUCGCGUUCAUGUCCGACGCGUCGGCGAUUGUGAUCGGAUCGCUUCUCGGCACCUCGCCGGUGACGGCGUUCAUAGAAUCCUCGACGGGAAUCCGGGAAGGCGGCCGGACGGGGCUGACGGCGCUGACCGCCGCGUGGUACUUCUUCCUCGCCUUCUUCUUCACCCCGCUGCUCGCCUCCAUCCCGCCGUGGGCGGUGGGGCCGCCGCUGAUACUCGUCGGCGUUCUGAUGAUGCGGGCGGUGACGGAGAUCGAGUGGGGCGACAUGCGGCAGGCGAUUCCGGCGUUCAUAACGCUAAUCUUGAUGCCGUUGACUUACUCCAUCGCCUACGGGUUGAUCGGCGGCAUUGGAACUUUCAUUAUUUUGCACUUGUGGGACUGGAUCGCGGGGUGGAUGAGGAAAUACAGAACAAUUGAGGGGCCAACUAGCAAUAAUGUGAAUUUGGAUAAUGGUGUCAAGUAGCUUAAUAUAAUGAUGGAUGAUGCUAAACAAAAUUCUUGUUGAUAUGAUUGAUAAGCUAAGGUAAAGGGUCACCAAUGUUUCUUUCAUAGGAGCUUUCUUUUGUCCUUAUUCCUUAGUACAGUGUUACAAUGAUGGGAUUAUUAGGAGAGAGUGGCUUAUUAUAAAUUUAAUUAGGAUAUAUUAUUAUCAUUAUUACAA